CGCCCGCCCCGGCCCCCUAUAUAACCCCCCAGGCGCACACACUCCCUCACUGCCGCGGCCCUCUCUGCUCACACGCACAUGCCUCCCCUCCCCAGGCCGAGGCCCAGCUGACCCCCAGGGCUCCCACGGCAGCGGACAGGGAAGGGUUAAAGGCCCCCAGCCCCCUGCCCCCUGCCCUGGGGAACCCCUGCCCUGUGGGGACAUGAACAGUGUUUGCUGCCUGGUCCUGGUCGCGCUGAGCCUGUGGCCAGGUAGAGCUGCUGCCCCGGGGCCACCUCCUGGCCCCCCACGGGCCUCCCCAGACCCUCGGGCUGAGCUGGACAGCGCCGUCCUCCUGACCCGCUCUCUCCUGGCGGACACUCGACAGCUGGCCGCACAGCUGAGAGACAAAUUCCCAGCUGACGGAGACCACAACCUGGAUUCCCUCCCCACCUUGGCCAUGAGCGCGGGGGCGCUGGGAGCCCUGCAGCUCCCGGGAGUGCUGACACGGCUGCGGGCAGACCUGUUCUCCUACCUGAGGCAUGUGCAGUGGCUGCGCCGGGCAGGAGGCCCUUCCCUGCGGACCCUGGAGCCCGAUCUGGGCGCCCUGCAGGCCCGGUUGGACCGGCUGCUGCGCCGGCUGCAGCUCCUGAUGUCCCGCCUGGCCCUGCCCCAGGCGCCCCCAGACCCACCGGCACCCCCCCUGCCUCCCCCGGCCUCAGCCUGGGGAGGCAUCCGGGCGGCCCACGCCAUCCUUGGGGGGCUGCACCUGACGCUCGACUGGGCUGUGCGGGGCUUGCUGCUGCUGAAGACUCGGCUGUGACCCUCCACCUAGAGCCACCGGCGCCCUUCAAAGCCAGACCUUAUUUAUUUAUUUAUUUCGGGACUGGGGGCGUGGCAGCCAGAGGACUCUGCCCUCACCGUUGUCUCCCUCUAAUUAGAGAGGAUCCCUCCAGGAGACCUGGGCAGGGGGGCAUCUGUGCCUUAUUUAUACUUAUUUAUUUAAGGGGGUGGGUGGGAGGCAGGUGGACUCGGGGGUCCCUGAGGAGGAGGGAAC